GUAAACUAUAAUUUACUGAAUGAAAUUAGCCACUGACUAAAGUUUCAAUUUUGCUGACUACAACUUCAAAAAAAAAAUAAAAAUCUGCGGACUACGGAAAGGUGAAAAAAAACUUUUGCUCCGAAACCUUUGACACGAACAAACGAACCACAGAAUGCUCCGAAACCUUUGGAAACGUUGUUGUCGCCCACGUCUGGGUCCCACCACGUUCCUCUGCUCCGCUUCACCGUUUCACAGUGCCACCUUCACCCUCGCGAGGCGAUACUUUGUCUCCAACGAGGUGGAGAAGGAUCCCGGUUGGAGAUGGAGGCUCGAAGAAGAACCCUCGGGUUUCGUUGACAAGGAAGAAGAAGAACAAGAAUCAGCGCUUCAGAUUUCGCAUCCCUGGCCCGAGUGGCUCCAACUCAUGAAGUGCUUGCACGACAAAGGACACUUCAGUCACGAAGAGAGAAACAUCAACGCUGCUAUGGGCGCCAAGGAUUGCAAUGUCGUUAGAACCGCAUGCCUCAAUUUCGGUAGAGACCACUUUCAUAUUUUAAGAUUCUUGUCUCGAAAAGAUAUAGGAGUUACUGUGGCACUUGGAUGUCCGAGCUUAGAUAGGAAAGUGAUCAACUCAGGAAAACGUCUGAGAGCAUAUAUUGGUAUUGAUGAGGGAAAUGUAUGCAGUUCCUGCAAUUUGAGGGGGGACUGUGAAAGAGCAUUCGUGAAGGCACGUGAAGAUGAAGGUGGAAGAACAGUGGACAUUAUGCGUAUUGUUUUAACUUACGGACUUGAUCCAAUUAAUGGUUCAGUGGAGAACAAACCAUGUCUAACAAAAAGGGUAGAAGAAUCUGUGAGAAGACUGCUGAAAGAAAUAGUAGAGCACAGUAACAAAGAGGAAAAUUCUAAUUUUCCAGACAGCACAGAGGUUGUCACUGGACAUGUUCAUCCCAAUGAGCAAGACAAGGGAAAAAUAGAUGUUUCAAAGAUGAAGCAAGGCGACUGGCUUUGCCCGAAAUGCAACUUCAUGAACUUUGCUAGAAACAUCAGGUGCUUGCGCUGUGACAGCUUCUUUGAGGAAAGAAUCAAGCAAUUGAAGGAGGAUAAUAAUCACAUGCCUUUGAAGAAGGGAGACUGGAUAUGCAAUAAAUGCAAUUUCCUAAAUUUUGCAAAGAAUACAAGAUGUUUGCAAUGCAAAGAGAGGCCUUCCAAUCGUCAAAUUAAUCCCGGGGAGUGGGAAUGUGACUCGUGCAACUACGUCAAUUUCAGAAGAAACAUGGUUUGCCUGAAAUGUGACCAUAGACGCCCUAUAGUGUCAAAGGCUUCAAGCUUUUCCUUUGAACCUCAACCAGAAGAUCUAGACCACUAUAAGAAUAGCAAAUUUUCCUUUGUGGCACGUCAGGGUGAUAGAAUCGAUGAAACACCAAUGGUGUUUGAAAGAAAAAACAGGAACAGAGAUUCACCUAAGUGGAGAUUUGUAGAGGAUAGAAAUGAAAAUAACAAGUGCUUAAAUAAAUCAAAUGAUUCUUCUGAAUUUAUAGAUUUUCCUAUUGUUGGAGGUAAGACUCACUUGACUAAGGUACAAAGGAGAGAAGCAUACAAGACUGAGUUGCCAAAUCAGUGCAGAAGGCCUUCAUGGCAAAGUGAAACUGAAAAUGAGUUUUGUUCUUCAGAUAACCUGAGUACUGAUGAUGAAUUUUGUUCUGUCAAUAAUCAGAGUACUGAUGAUGAAGAAAUGGACGAAUGGUUUGGAAAAAGGUAGGAUUCUAGAAGAGUUUUAUUUCUAUGUACUGUCUAUGUAAACAAUUUUUCAUCGUCUAACUAAUUAAAAAUCAUGAUAAAUAUAGUUUUUUAUUUGAUUUUUAAGGUUA